UUAGAGAAUGAAAAGCGCACUACAGACGCAGCCAUCCGCGAGACUGCCUUACAACGUGAGGCUAUCGAAAAAUCACUGAACGCAAUGGAACGUGAAAAUAAGGAAUUGUAUAAGAAUUGUGCCCAAUUACAACAACAAAUCGCGCAACUCGAAAUGGAGAACGGUAAUCGCAUUAUGGAGCUAACCAACAAGCAACGUGAAGAACAAGAACGUCAAUUGCAACGUAUGCGAGGUGAAAAAGCUCAGGUAAGCACCACCAAGCACGCUAUUUGA